ACACCAGUCCGGCAUCGGUUUUGGUCUCCGCGAUGGACUCUUAUACGUAAAGUUGCAGUCAGCUAUUACUGAGGGCAGCACUGAUGUUUCCCAGGACCCGUGAGGAUGAGCGCCCGACGGGUGACUCGUAUAGACGCCGUUCUCCAGUAGCCUCCGCCGAACGUCGCAGGAAUCCACGUGGCCGCUCUCGAUCGCCGCAGAACAUAGACAGAUACCAGCCCGAUCGUGCGCGAGAUUACGACCACCGGCCGCGGGAGAGUCAUGGUCGACGACGUUCCUCACCUGCACCUGUUCAAGGUGGUAUUGAUAGAUAUGUUCCCGGGCAGGACACUUACACGCCAACCUUCACCGUCAAUCCGAUUCCAAACCCCAUGACGUUGGAGUACCAAGUCGGAUUCAACUUCUUCGCGGAAUGGUGGCGCAUCGAGCAGAAAAUCAAGGAAGAGAAGGAGCGCGCGAAAAAUGGAGGCCGCAGAUUGAAGGGCGAGAGAGAGGCAAGGGAAGAGAAGGGCAAGGAACGCGAGCUCAUUCAGGCCGCAUACGACGAUUAUAAGGAGAAGCUUCAGGUGCAGAUGGCGAAGACGUUUGUCGAGAAACAUAAAAGCGAAGAGUGGUUCAAAGAGAAAUAUGACCCGGAAUAUGUGAAGAACUUGCGGGAGAAACUCCGGCCGUACCGACAUCAACUCUAUGGCAACUUCGAGCGGCAACUCGCUGAAGGCGUUUUCGACGAAUUCACCCUCGAAGGCAUUUACAAGAACGAUAGCAAUGGCGCAGGCGGUAUCGUGGAGAAGGAGGAGGGUGAGACAACGGCAGCGAACGAAGUCCUUGGUGUAGGAGACCUUGUCCCAUGCAAGGGAGGGGAGCUCCGCGACGAGGCUGCCCUCCAGCCUACGCUGCUGAUCAAGACGAUCGCUCCUACAGUCAACCGUGAAAAGGUCGAGGAGUUUUGCAAGGAGCACUUGGGUGAGGGUCCGGGAGGUUUCAAAUGGCUGAGCCUAAGCGAUCCCAAUCCGCUCAAGAAGUGUCAUCGCAUUGGGUGGGUAAUCUUGCAUCCCAGCGAUGAAGAGCCCAUGAUCAUCGAUGAGCGUGGCGACGGACGCCACGAUGAUGAUGCGGAAGAGGGCGCGGUGGUUGAAAAGCCCGCAGCUGCAACCGGACCCUUGGCGACUGCAAAGAAGGCACUGGAAGCACUCAACGGCAAGACGGUAAUUGAUGAGGAGCGCGGCAAUUUCACUUGCCAUGUUGGAGUACACGAGCCGCCUGCGGCACCCCGUAAAAAGGCCUUGUGGGAUCUCUUCUCUGCUCCGGAGCGCAUCGAGCGGGAUCUUCAACUGGCCGAACGUCUAGUUAGCAAGUUGGACAGUGAUCUAAGGGACGGUCACGAGGAAUUCGCCGAUGUCGACGGAGUUGCCCGGAUUGAGCAACGCGUCGAAGAUUUGCGCUCCAAGGGAUGGCUUCAGCCGCCAGCAAAUGCUCCCGUUGCAGUGAAGAAGAAAGAUCCCGAAGAGCUGGAAGAAGGUGAGGACGCGCCAAUGGAGGAUGAAGAUGAAGGUCUAUACGCCGACGAGGUUGAUGACGAGGAUCUGUUGGCCAAGAAAAAGAAGCUGGAUCUGCUCAUUGAAUAUCUUCGUCGCGUGUACAACUUCUGCUUCUUCUGCGUGUUCGAAAGCGAUUCGGUUCAUGAACUCAUCCGGAAGUGCCCAGGAGGACAUCUCCGUCGCCCUAGGGCAAGUCUCACAACGGCGGCCAAGACGACCGCCAGGGCUACGGCUUCCGGUGACCCGUUCCCUUAUAAGAAGCAGGAUGCCUCAGGCGAAGGGGAAACGGAAGAAGCAGGAGCGCAAGAGAACAGACCGAAAUUGAGCGGAAAGUCUCAACAGCAACUUCAGCGAGCAUACAACUGGGUGAAGACAUAUGAAGACAAGCUGAUGCAGAUUCUCGAGCCCGGAAAUGUCGACCUCAAGAAGAUAGGCGGAAAACCAGAGGAGGAAGCACUCGACGACGAACUCAAACGUUUUGUCAAUCAGGAGGACGAAUCCAAAUGGCGUUGUAAAGUGCCCGGGUGCACCAAACUGUUCAAGGCAGAGCACUUCUGGAGGAAGCACGUUGAGAAACGCCAUACUGAGUGGUACGAGGAAUUGAAGAAGAGCAUUGCGCUGGUGAACACUUAUGUUCUUGAUCCCGCACAUAUUGCGCCAUCGCGCAGCGAUGCCAACAGCAACGGCCAUUUCCCGGUGGGCAACCACGCUGUAACGGGCACUCCGCGUGGCUUCAACCUUUCUCAGAUGCCGUUGAACAUGGCUGGUGCUGGCUUACAGAGCGGCUUCAACAUGCAGGCACUGUUCAACCCUGCGAUGACUGGCAACUGGGACGCACUCGGCGGUGAGGGUGACAGGACUGGACCCAUGCGUCGUACUGGCGGCCGUUUCACAGGCAACCGCAGCGGCCCAUAUGACAGGCAGUCCAGGGACAACCGCAAUCCGCGAUUCGGCGCUGGAGGUGGGCGCUUGACGCCUCCGCCUAGGGGUGGUCGCCCGGGCGGCGGAGGUCGAUACGAUAGCGGUGGCCCUGGGCCCCUCCAGUCCACUCAAGGUCGUUCACUGAAGAGUUAUGAGGAUUUGGAUGCCGUGGGCAAUGCCGACACCGAGCUCAACUACUAGUACUAUCGCAGAGGGUGUGUCGGCAGUGCCAAGGUGAAGGGUAAGAUGGAAAUGCCGGCGCCGUUGGCGUUCCCUCCGGCUGCAUUGGAGCUACA